AUGUGUAGAGGCCAUAGAGACAGCUUUAGUCACCUUAGGUCUGUUGAGUUGCAUUUCCAAUUGGACACGACCCCAGGAUCGUCUGCCCCCAAGAAGCAGGUUGAAGCAUUUAAGCCGUCCAAGAAGCCUGCUAAUAAGGAACCAAUUAAGGCUUUCAAAUUUAUUGAUGGACUUCAAGGAGCAAAAGUUCCCAUAAAGCCAAGAAUGAAGGCUGGUGUUGUGACAGCGGCCAUGCAGGAGAAGGCAAAAAGAAUAACAGAGGAUCCAAAGACAGCAAAGAAGUAUCAGAGGAAAGUGGAAGAUAUCAGGGCAGGUUUGAUAAGAAAACACCGUGUUAAGAUGACCAACUUUAAGUGCAAGAACAAGAAGGAUAUUUGGGAAGAGACUGAUGAUACAGUCAAGGAAUGUUAUGACAAGGGCCUUGAUGAAGAUUAUUUAGAUAACAUAGCAACUUACUACAAGGCUCAGACAAAGAAGGGUCAGAAAGUUGCAGUUCCUUCACACAGACUAAAGAAGCCUUCAGCGCACCCAGCAAUUCCACUCCCUGUUGCAGGAAUGUCAUACCAUCCUACAUUUGAAGACCACCAAGAAGCUUUGCGACAGGCCGUGAAGGAUAUAAAGAAGAAGCGUAAAAUAGAAAAAAGAAACGCCAAAUAUACUCCGGCAGAAUUAAAAAGAUUAAAAUCAAAAUUAAGAGCUGCCAAGAACAAUGAAUCUUGGUCAGAAGACUUAAUUGAAACUCAUUCUGUUGUUAAUGACAUGAUCCAAUGCUCUGGUGAUGUUGAAGAAAAGAAGAAUGAACAAAAGAGGAUUAAAGAUGAGAAACAAACAAAAGGCAAGAAAGGUGGAAAUAAGAAAGGUAUUGUCAAGGAGGAAGUAAAUGAAAAUGCAGAAUCUGUUACAGACAUUGUCAAAGAGGAAAUGGAAGAUCUGGAGGCUGAAGAUCAACACAUUGACACUGAUGAUAAUGAAGAGAUUGAUGAAGGUGAUGUUGAUGGAGAGAAUGAAGGAAUGGAAGAUGACUCCGAUGAAGAGAUUGAACCAGAAGAUGACCUUGAUGAAGCGAAUGAACCGGAAGAUGACCUUGAUGAAGAGAUUGAACCGGAAGAUGACCUGGAUGAGGAGAAGGAAGUGGAGCAAGAUGACCAUGUUAAAGAGAAUGAAAUAGUGCAAGACAACAUUGAUGAAGAGAAUGAAGUAAUGCGUGAUGAAGUUGAGGAAGAGAAAGAUGCAGUGCAAGACGACAACCUUGAUGGUUCUGUGGAAAAAGAAGGAAUAGACAGUGAAAAAGAGAAUGCACUUCAACCAAGGAUCAGAAUCAGGAAGAGAGGAAAGAGGAAGAAUAAAAAUAGGGAAGCAAACAGAAUGACAACAAAGGCCGUGCAAAUGAGAGCGGUGAAGCAAAAUCAGGAAGUUAAAGAAAAGGAAAUCAUAACUGUCAGUGAUUUACAGAAAGGUUUAAUUCAGCCAAAGAAGAGGAACACAGAAAAUGUCAGGAAAGAUUUUAGGAAGACAGAUCAGACAAGGGCUGUACAAAAUGGAAGAGUAAUGCGUGGUCAAGAAAUCAAAGAAAAGGAAAUCGUAACCGUCAGUGCUCUACAGAAAGGUCAAAUUCAGCCAAAGAAAAGGAAGAUGGAAAAUGCCAGGAAAGUUAUUAGAGAGCCAGAAGAGGCACAGAAUGUACAGGAUGGGGAAGCAAAGCUGACAAAUGGAGUAAACAAUGAACCAGCAGUUGAGAAUACGGAAAAUGUUGACACCCGAAGGAAAAGAGGAAGGAAGAGGAAAGAAGCAGGUGGUGGGGGUACAAACAGCAUAAAGAUGAGAAAGACGGAGAAUGUGCAAAAACAGAAAAUGAAUGUGGGAAAGAAAGAAGCUGUCGAGAAUAAAGAAAAUGUGACUCAAAAGAAAAAAGCUAUAGAGAGAAAAGAGAAUGUUGCAACUCAAAAGAAAGAAGAAUUGAAGGAAGAAAAUGACCAUAUUGAUGAGACAAACAAUGUAGAGACAAACAAUGUAGAAGGAGAGAAGACAGAGGAUGUCACUUGGAAAAAGACCAGAAGGGGUGGAAAGAAGCACAAGAAGGGUGACCAAAAGGAGGAAGAGGAGGAGGUUGAAGAACCAGUAAUCAAGAAAACCAGUCACAAGAAGACAGAAAAGCAAAGAAAACUUGAAAGAAUGAAAAAAUACAAGAAGUCCAUGUGGGAGAAGAGAAUUAAAGAAAGGGACAGAGAAAGACAAAUUGAGCUUGUUCCUGCUUACCUGGAUGCCCUGAGGGACAGAACACUGAGAAAUAGGGCACGUCAAGACCGGAAGAGAUUGGUUAAAAAUGAAAAGAAAUUUGCAACACGGCGUUUAGCUCCAUUAAGGUUCAUGGCUGAAGACAUCACAGUCUGUGACGGUGAUAAGUUACCAGGCAGCAUUCGAAGGGUGAGGCCAGUUGGGAAUCUGUUUCAUGAACGCGUUAAGCACUUGCAACGAAGAAAUAUUAUUGCACCAGGCGUUGACAAGCUGUAUGGGAGAAAGAGGAAUUUGAAGAAGAUUAUCCGUCGCAAUUAUAAGGAUGACAGAACAAUGAAGAGUGUAUAUGACGACUAGGUGAAAAUGCUUACAUAUAGGAAUGUAUUUAUGAGCUUUUACAGAUACCUUUAUGUAUAUUUCAUGUGUUUGAUAAUAAUGUAAUGAUUGCAAAUGUGGUUCAACUGGAUAAAAUAAUCAUAUGAAUGUUUUUAUUUGAACAGAAGUUCAUUUCCAUUUUAUUUGAUUUAUUAUUAUUAUUAUAUUAAUAUUAUUAUUAUUGUUAUUAUUAUUAUUAUUAUUAUUGUUAUUAUUAUUAUUAUGAUCAUUAUCAUUAUCAUUAUUAUUUUUAUUAACAUGUAUUCUUUUUAUUACAUUAAUGUGUAAUCAUCUUUAUAUUUUUUAUUAUUGUUAUUGUUACAUGAUAUUUAAUUUCUAGGUAAAUAAACUACACUAUUUCAAAUUUUAGAUAAUUGAAACAAUCCAUUGGUCAGAAAAAUUAUCAUCAGAUGUAUUUUUUAUGGAGUAUUGUAGAGUAAACCAGAUUAUUUGUUAAUGUAAUUAAGUAUGGGAGAUGGGCAGAAAUUAAAGUGAGAAAGGUAUUUUUUUUUAUAAGAUUAUUCUCAUUGUAUACAUAAUGAAAUUUUAUGUAUAUUGAAUUGUAUGCUUUUCACUAGUAAAACCUUCUACAGA